UUGCUGGUUGGUGACUGCAGCUGAGUGAGUUUCCAGUUGCUGACUGGACUGACCGACACGCUCUGAGGAACUGGCAGGACUGGUGCUGCUUCUUAUGUGAGAGUCCAAAGGCCUGGCAAGUGCAGCUCCCGGGGCAAACCCUGCUCACACCCCCCUGGGCAAAGGAAGAAAAGCCAGAGGAGCCGGAAGCCCUGAGUGUCUGGGAACAGCCGGUGACUGGACGAGAAGUUCUGCUCUGACACGCGGCCAUCAACACCUAGCUAGGAAGUCUGUGGCUGGAACAAAAGCUCCCAUCAGAGGAAACCCCAGGAUGAGGCUGCCGGAGGUGCUGAUUUUCCUGGCCUCCUGGGGAGUCGCCAGAGCUGCACCAGGGAAGUUCUGGCACAUCUCUGACCUGCACCUGGACCCUGACUACAAGGUGUCUGAAGAUCCUCUCCAGGUAUGCCCGUCUGCAGGCUCCCAGCCGGUGCCCAACGCAGGCCCCUGGGGUGACUAUCUCUGUGAUUCUCCCUGGAUCCUCAUCAACUCCUCCAUCUACGCCAUGAAGGAGAUCGAGCCAGAGCCAGACUUCAUCCUCUGGACUGGUGAUGACACACCACACGUGCCCAAUGAGAGGCUGAGUGAGGUGGCCGUGCUACAAAUUGUGAAGCAGCUGACUCAGCUCAUCAGGGAGGCCUUUCCAGAUACUAAAGUCUACGCUGCUUUGGGAAAUCAUGACUUUCACCCCAAAAACCAAUUACCUGCAGGGAGCAACAGUAUCUACAACCAGGUAGCAGAGCUGUGGCGACCCUGGCUCAGUAACGAAUCUGUCACUCUCUUCAAAGAAGGUGCCUUCUAUUCUGAGAAACUGCCAGGGCUGAGCGGGGCUGGGCGAAUCGUGGUCCUCAACACCAACCUGUACUACAGCAGCAAUGAGCAGACGGCCGGCAUGGCGGACCCCAGCCAGCAGUUCCAGUGGCUGGACGAAGUGCUGACCAAGGCAUCCCAGGCUGGGGAAAUGGUGUACAUCAUCGGCCACAUGCCCCCGGGCUUCUUUGAGAAAACACGGAACAAAGCAUGGUUCCGGGAGGGCUUCAACGAGGAGUACCUAAAGGUGGUCCAGAGGCAUCAUCAAGUCAUCGCGGGGCAGUUCUUCGGGCACCACCACACCGACAGCUUUCGGAUGUUCUAUGACGGUGCAGGUGCCCCCAUCAGUGUCAUGUUCCUUACACCUGGGGUCACCCCGUGGAAAACCACGUUACCUGGAGUGGUCAACGGAGCCAACAAUCCAGGCAUCCGGGUGUUUGAAUACGACCGAGCUACGCUGAGCCUGCAGGACAUGGUGACCUACUUCUUGAACCUGAGCCAGGUGAACGCGCUGGGGGCGCCACGCUGGGAGCUCGAGUACCGGGUGACCGAGGCCUACGGGGUGCCGGACGCAGGCGCCCGCUCCAUGCACGCGGCGCUGGGCCGCAUCGCCAGCGACCAGGGCGCGCUACAGCGCUACCACGUCUACAACUCGGUCAGUUACGACACGCGGGCCUGCGACGAGGCGUGCCGCGCCGAACACGUGUGCGCGCUGCGCGAGGUGGCCUUCGACCGGUACGCCGCUUGCCUGCGCGCCCCCGGCGUCGCGCCCGCGCCCUGCCUCGCGCUCCUGCCCGCGGCGCUGCUGGGCCUGCGCGCGCUGCUCGUGUCCUGA